AUGGCGGGGAAAUCAAAGAGGAAUGGAGGUGGCGAGGUGGAGAAGGCGGUCGCGGCCCUUGAGAAACACGCGAGGAGCCAGUCUCUUUGGCCAACGCCACUCCUUGGAAAACGUGCAAUGAGGCUAAUUCGACCGGGCGAUCCCUGCAGCGUGUUGGAGGUCCAAUUAUCGUCGCCGGCGAUAGCUUAUCUUGACAGGGUUAUCCACGGGAAAAUGAAGGUUGUUCGCCGAGCUUCUGUCGCACUUUCGAACGGGACGCACCACGGCAAGGAGAAGAAGGAGACGAGAGGGAGGGUGUGA